AUGGAUCGGAUGAUCUACGUUCCCGGCCCUCAGGCCAAGGAGCAAAUUUUUCAGGCCCAGGGCCACAUGUUCUUCUCGCGUCAGACGGCGCUCGACUUUGCCGACGAGUUCGUCCGCAAGGCGCCCGGCGGCUGCACCGGUCCUCAUCUGCCGCAGCUCUACGAGAGGAUGCGGACGUGCCUGGGCGAAGGCGAGCAGGUCGACAUCUGGUUCGGCCUCUGCAGGCCAGACACGACGGCCGGCCAGGAGGAGUUGUCGUCGGGCGAGCUCGUCGGGCACACCUGGGCCCUGCACCGGACGGCCGACGGCGAGGAAAAGCAUCUCUGGGAGGUCGGUCGAGGCACGCCGGCCAUGGGCGAGGCCUUUGCCGCCCGAGCGUUCAACGCCUACCGCGAGGCCAUGGCUCGCUUCCUCGGCAAGGGCCCGCCGCCGGCCGUGCUCGUGGACCAGACGGGAAUGGCGGCGGAGAGGCCGAGGGAGUUUAAGAGGAAGCCCAUCAUCUCGCGGGCGCUGUCGCCGUCGAACCUCUACCACGCGUCGGGCCGCAUGUGGUACUUUGUCGAGCUCGCACCGCCGCCGACGACGGUGGACGAGCCGGUCGUGCUGUCGCGGCCGAUGCGAUCCUUUGACGCGCUCGCGCUCUCGGCCCUCGCGGCGCUCGCCUGGGGGGAGCCGCCGCUCGUCUUUGGCAUCAGCAGCACGACCGACAUGCUGGGGAAGCUUCCGACGGGGUUCGUGAGGACGACGUACGAGGCCGACGAGACGGUCAAGCGACGGGACGGCGAGAUUCUGCUCGUCAUCUGA